AAUGGAUCAGGCGCGCUUUGUCUGGGAGCAUGAUUUAAUGCCAACAGCUUCGGCGAAGAAAACAUCAGAUCGAGUGUUCGUUGCUGAAAUUCGUAAGAAAUGGCUGUAAUUUUGGAGACAUUGAGGCUUCGACAUCUUUUAGCGUUUGCACUUCUCUUGGUGGGAAUUCUGGCGACCUUUUUCGCUGUAGGAGGAAAAAUUGGUGAGUGUUGUUAAAUCAAUUUUGAUUUACCGUCAUAAUAUGCGAAUUAUGUAGCGAAGCCUUGUCAAAUCCAAGAGAGAAUUCUGCACUCAGUCAGAAUUUUGUGAUUCAAGACGCUUCUAUCAGUAGUUAGAAAUCGAGAUUGCGUAUACAAAAGAGCAAUUAAGAGGAACAGUGGAACACAUGUCAAAUAAUAUAUCGAAUUGAACAUUCGAGAGUUAUUACUGAGAGCGAUUCCAUCACAAGUGGUGAUUCAUCAAAUAUAGACUUGAUGCGUGUACACAAACUUACAGUUGAUAUUUAGUCUAAUAUCGUGGCAAGGACACUGAACAAGAGAUUCAAAGAAGCGAAGCGAAGCGAACCUGAACUUUACUGAGGCUCGGAAAGUGAUCCUGAAACAUUUCUGAAGUGGAUUUAUCUGCGAAUUACAUUUAUGCAUGUAAUCGAGCUAUGCUUAAAAGUUGUCUUUUAAAAUGACCCAAUUUGAAAUAUUGUUGUCAUUCAAACAUAUUCAUCGUCAGUUCUUGCGUUCACUUUCCCAUGGAAAGUCAUGAAGUUUUCCAUAAGUCAAAGUUGGCGGUUACCACCUGGGUAUUUUAAGAACAGUAAACAACAAAAUGAAAGAUCAAGUUUAUUGCAAAGCAUUUUGUUUUUAGCUAAUUUAAUUAUUGUUUUGAUAACAAUUUAGAUAUUUAAUUGUUUUGUUUUGGUUGUAGCGCAGUAACUUUUGGCUGCAUUGGCUCUUUAUGAUACACACUAUAACUUGAUGAGCAUUUGAUGAAAAAAAAAAUUAUUAAUUUUGUGGUGACUUCAAUUAUUUAUUAUUUUUAGUAACGAUGUGUGAUAACGGAAAAUGAAAAUUAGGAUAGCUAUUGCAUUAGAGCUGUGGCGGAUAUGUGUUAUUUAUUGUAUAUAGUUGUUCAUGCAUACUAUAUUAGAAUUGUCUGAGUGGUUGUUGAAUAAUCCAAUUCUAUUCAAUAGCACUUGCAAAAUCAUUCUUAUGAGAGAAAAGAUGCCUUAAUUGAUUUGAAGAUGCAUGUAGACAACAUUUUAUUGUAACUGUAAAUACACACAGCAGACUUGAGUGGAAGUUCUAUACAGUCUUACAACUCUGCGGUUUAAGUGCCGUGUAAUUUAUGAUAAAUUUGUACAUGGGCAGCUAUUUAACUGUGACAUUAACAGUGUACACAUACUUUGUCAUUUAGAUGGUGGCUGUCAAUGAUGAUGAUAAUUAAUUUAUCUGUCAGGGCAAGUUUUGAAAAAUUAAUGUUAAGAGCAGAAAUUAUUAAUCAGAAAAUCAGACCUCCAGACCAGUUGAACUUUAUUACCGUAGUAAUGAAUGUUGAUACCCAAGAUGUAAGGAUUGAUUUCCUCUUUCGGAUAACUGUACAUUUCUAUCGCAGUCAUAAAUCAUGUUUUGACCUUUCUGAUAAAAUAUAAGGAAAGAAAUGAUCCUUUUAGUUGAUGCUGUAUUUUAAGAAAUUGCAUACAGAAAAGAAAACCAAAAAAAUUCAGGCUUUGACCUGAUUCAAAACUGUUCCUCUCAGAUACUAGUUUGAUGCUACUUUCAACUGAGCCGUAAAGCCAACUGUUGACUGGAGUGAGGCAAAGAUUAAGUGGGCUCUUCAUUCUGCAAAUUUUUGUGUUGCCAAAAUUCUUAUCUGAAUUUGGUUGUAUUCUGUAUUAUAAAAUAUAUGUAGCUUGAUAUAAUGGUAUACUCUGCGAUAGUUGAAUCAGGCUCACAAAUUUAUACGUUAAAAUUCCAUUAUUUAUUUCAUGAACAUUAAGUGUGUGCUUAUUCAACAUGCUUGAUAUACCUGUACUUAACCCUUUACCCUUCUACUUCCAAGAUCUUGUUAGUAAUUCUCCUUACUGUGUGCCAUACAAUUUUUAUUAUUUGAGCUUGGAGAAUUUGGUAUCAGAUCAACUAAUUAUCUUCUAAUUGAUGUUUUCCUUCAUUCUCAUCACUUGUCUGCUUGAUAUUGUAUUGAUAUUGUUAUGAGAAAAUCUGUUUUGGUCACUAAUAAGGGUUGAAAGUUUAAGAUAUAGUAUUUCCUAGUUUUAUCCCACUUAACAAAAAUUGCAUGAAAGUGGUUCAAAUACUGUAAAUAUGUCAUAAAUGACAAGGAAAAAUCUCUUUUGCUGUUAAAAUAUUUAUUUCAUAUUUUCUGGUUCUCAUACAAUUUUUGCUGCUUUGAAUGGAGGACUCACAUCUACGUUGUAGUACUGCAAAUAAAUCUGAAAAAACUACUCCACUAACAUUCUGAUCCCUACUGUUUUUUACAUGUUUUCUAUGGUACUUACAAGGUAAAUUUGUUUAGCAAUCAAGAUUUUUUUGAGUUCAUGAUUAUUUUAUUCAUUCUCAUGAUCUAAAUGUUUGAAUCAAGGGAUCACUCUUGGGAUGGAAAAGGUCAAGGGUUAUAAAAAUAAGCUACUAUAAUGAAUUGUUAUUAGCAAUUGAUUUGAAUUUUUUUUAUUUACCUCUUUACAGCUCCGGCACCCACGAGUGCUGUUUCUCAUAUAGCAACUAUCUGUAUUGGAAAAAUUGGAAAUUUUGAUACAUUUUAUGAUCCAAGACAUUGUGACAGGCUCAAUAACAUUAAAGAAGCUGAGACAGAUCCACGAGGCAUCACACCGGACCAGAUUGUGUUUGCCAUUAGAUUUCCCUUCCCUGGUCAAUCAAUGUCUCGCUGGUUCCAGUUUGUAGCAACAUCAAUCAGAUUGGAUAUUGAAUAUAGGCCAGAAUUUAAAUAUGAUGAUCGUCAAGGUACGUUAAAGGGACACCUUUGUGUAAGGUUGUUUUAAGAUUUGUUUUCUCAAGAGUGGUGUUUUUACAGCUGUUCCUUAAAAGGAACAAAGUAUUUGUUUAUGGUGACAUUUCAUGGACUAUGGACUAAUUAUCAUAAUUAAUAAUUAAGAUUUAGUGUUCUUCCGAAGAAAUGUGGUAGGAAUGGAAUUGAAUUGUGACAAAUUUUUAUGGAGCCUUCAAGGAUAUACACCACUUUUUUGAAAUGUGAUUUUGUUAUAUUUGGCUGCUCUGCGAUGACUAAUAUGUACCAAUCACCUCUGAGCUAGCCAAUCAGCAUGUUUAAAAUGCAUGAUAUUUACCUGUGUGGUAUAUAAUAAUUUUGUUCAUGUGUAAUUUUGUUACUUUGGCUGCUCAGAGGAGAUUAUUGCCUGUCAAUCAGUUCCGAACUAGCUCCAAUCAGAGUGGGCAAAGACAACUUUUCACCCAUGUUUCUGCAUCUGAAUGCAAAAUAGAGCUCUGGGCUUAGAUAUUAAUAGGAGAAACUUGGUUGAAGAAAACUGUAAAGUUCUCUUUUUUUGUGAAUCUUUUUAGGAAAAGCACCAACAUUAACUUUUGAGGCCCAUCUAGGAUAUCUGUCUAACAGCUCUGGUGAAGGUCGAUGGGAACUCCUGGCAGAGGCAACAGAAAACAGGUCUCUUGUCUGCAACUUCACAAGAUCAAAGGUAAAGUUUUUGCUUUUGAUGUAUUGACCCCUUUGAGUGAUUAGCAUUUACUUUCUCCUGACAAUUUCGCCCCUGAAUUACACAUGAAGGUUACAACAAUAGAACUGAUCAACAAUUAAAAAGCUUUUGAUUAUAAACCUUAGCACCUUUGGAAAUGUAUAGAGAUCCAGUAUGAAGAAUGUGCAUACCAAUGUUAUGGUGUAAUGGGUGAAUAGUGACUAGUUAGUGCAAACAAAAAUUCUAAUCUCUACAUGAUUCUGAUGUGUGCACGCUUAUGAACUGAUUCUUUUUCAGUAUUCUACCUCGACCUACCAAUUCCUCCUUCAAAUACACAUGACUAGUAUUCUUGUAACUUUGAUCUUUGGAGAAGCAGGGAAGGCACAAUGGCAAGAGUGCUCACCUGCCCACCAAUGUGGUCUGGGUUCAUUUCCUUGGCCUGGCAUCAAAUGUGGGUUGAGUCUGUUUUUGGUUCUGUCCUUGCUACAAGGGUUUUCUCCUAGUCCUUCCAUUUCUUCCUUCCUACAAUUCAAACUGGAAACAGUGGCACAGAUUAGAGCUAAAUGUAUCUCAAAGGAUCUCCACUGCUAUAUGUAAAUUCCAUUUUGAUGUAAGUUUCCUGUGGACAUAAGCCAAAGCAUAAAUUAAUAACAAUUUUUUUUUUAAAUUGUUUUGUUUAUCUGCAGACUGGAGGUGAUGAUGGGUAUUAUGAUUGUGAAGAAAUCCCAUUCUUUGAGAUAGGAUCUGUCCACUAUGAUGAAUACUUAGUAAACAUAAAACUGCCAUAUGCUCGUCACUCAAAUGAGAGGAUUGGACUUGUCUCCGAGAUCAACUUUGUGGUGAGUAAAAGGAGUUUCAUCCUUUGACUUCUCUGAGUGACUGGCAUCUAAUUUCUCCUUACAAUAUCACCCCUGAAUCAAUCAUUAAGGUCAUGAGAGUAAAGGAAAUGAUCACCAACUCAAGAAGCUCUUGAUUGUGAAACAAAUUCUCCUUGCCAGCACCUUCAGGAAUGAAUGGAGAGCAGUGCAAAGAAUGUGCAUAUUGAUGUUAGAUUGUGAGAGGUUGAGUUGAAUUCAAUUCUUAAGGGUUGGAGAAUUGAUACUUUGCAGAAUCCCUUAUUUUGCAUAUUUUUUUGCUCUUUUCAUCACUUGGCUGUGUGAUAUUAUUUUGAUAAUGUCAGAAUACAUUUUUUUUUGUUCACUCCUCACAGAGAGUGAAACGGUUAUAGGCAUUAUCAUGUACUUGUAAUAUUUUACACACAGUUGUAUCUACACACAGUUGUAUCUACACACAGUUGUAUCUACACACAGUUGUAUCUCAAUAUUACAUAUAAUAUUUCAAGUAAUAUACACACAAUUGUAUCUAGAUCAAUUUUCGUCCGAGAUGCUCAUGUGUGCAUUUACAGUACAAGUAUAUAAGGUGACUGUGUUAUUUUAAAUUGGUAGGAAAUUCACCAAAAUGGAGGAUUUACUAAAGUCUGGUUCACAGUGAAGACUGUUGUGGGACCAAUUACAAUUCUUAUCCUCCUCUGGUUUGCAAAGCGACUGAAGCAAUUGAGAAGAGACCCAGUUCUUCUUGAAAAGUAAGAAGUUAAUUUUCCUUCAUAUGUUACAACAAAACCCGUGGACUUGUGAAGACUUUUAUGAUUGUGUUCUGGGAAGAAGUUGUUAGGUUUUGAGAAAACUGAACUGCAAACAGCAACAGGAAACCAAAAUCCAAAAAAGAUUCAGGGAUUACAUAUUCCUUGUGCCUGGUUGUUCCAAUCGCACUUAACAUUUUCCAUCAAGUGAAUUUUUACCCAGUCAUUCAUAAAGUACAAUUCGGUUUUGUGUAAACCUAUAGUCAUUGUUCUGUUUCAAACGACCAAGUUCUGAUUUUCACAGAAUCAGUUACUUUUCAUCAACAAUUAUCAUACUACAACUUUCACUUAUUGUUACCUUCUUGUUUAUUUUACAGGGCACUGUUUUGUUUAGGAGCUGUGACAGCAUUCAUGAACUGUAAGUUUUAUCUAUGAAGCAAUGUUGUUCAGCUCUGUUCAGACAGCACCUCUUACAAUAACUGCAUGGUGCUCAUCAUAGUCAUAUUAAUUGAAGAUUUUCAGUGGAGAGAUAAGGGUAAAUAUUCCAGUCCAUUGACCAAUUACAAGUUCUUAAAGGCACCAGGGGAGGGGAUAGAAAAGCUUAUCAAGUAACCCACCCUCCCCCCUCCCACCCAACAUUUGGUCAUUUCUCCUUGACAGAUUGCCAUUACUCCCUAAUACUUCACUGUGUAAAUCUGUAUUCUAGCUCGGUAACUUACUCAGCAGUUUAUCAUUACCAAUUGUGAGAGACGCGAUGGCUGGUAGGUUAGUACGCUAGACUCCGGGGCGAGAGGUCUGGGUUUGAAACAUGGACGGAUCGCUGUGUUGUGUUCGGCGAAUUGUCAGGGAAGCCUGAGGAGUACCUUUGCGAUGAACUGGCUUCCCAUUUAGGGGUGGGGGAAGCAGUGCUUCAUGCUCAGGAUACCGGGACAAGCUGCGCUUGAUUGGCUAGUUGGCUUUAGUACGGGCUUUUAUUCACAAUAAUGUAAAAUUUCCAUCAUUUCAGUUCCUUUUGAGUGGUUUACUCUGUGGUUAAACAUGCCCUUCAUGUUAUUGUUCAGCGACAUUCGUCAGGGUUUGUUCUACGGAAUGCUGAUGAGCUUUUGGAUCAUUUUCACUGGCGAGCAUUUAGUGGUAAGGAACCAUGACCUGUUGUGCUGUAGGCAGUCUCAGUCCUUACACAGAAAAUCAGAGAGGCAGUCGAUCGAUCGAUAAUCGAUUGAUAUACAGUCGUUAGACGAACGGUAGUUGGUCGAUGGUCGACAGAUGUUCGGCUGGUGGUCUUCCUACUGUAUGCUAGACUUAUGGUCGGCCGAUGUCUUGAGGGCAGUCCGAAAUCUCGACUGAGACAUCGGCUGAUUAUUGAUCAAAUCGCGGUUGACCAUUGGGCGAUUAUCAGAAGGUUAUUUGUUGACAACUUAUCGAAAAUCGACCAAACAUCUUCUGACACAGCAAUCGAUUAUCAGACGAGGCCUCCAAUACAUAACAACAGUUGGGUCAAAACUGACCCAUCACAAAUGACAGUCACUACUUAAGUCACAACCAAUAGCAUCAGGCAAAACGUAACAACAAGUUUUCUCGACGCAGACUACCAGCACUCGACUGACAAACAACCUUCACUUGACUCUGAUGACAGUCACUGCUGCAUGUACCUACACAUCCUUUAUAGCUCCUCUCGCCUAGAUGAUCAGAUUGCACUGUUAACCCUGUGACUCCUAACAGUGACUAACAUGUAAUUUCUCCUUACAAUAUCGCCCUUGAAUCACACAUGUAGGUCACGAAAAUAAAGGAAAUGAUCACCAGCGGAUGAAGCGCUUGAUUAGUGAGGAAACUCUCCUUGUCAGCGCCUUAGGAAAUGUAAAGAGAGCAGUAGGCAGAAUAUGUAUACUGAUGUUAGGGUGUUAAGGGUUAAGUAUUAGGACUGCAGUUACUGUUUCACUGUCUCGUCACCGGUUCCCCUUCCUUUCUGAUGUAAACACGUGAUUACCCUUGUUGUCUGUUGUUACAGGACCAGCCAGAGAGAAACAGACUAAAGACUUACUGGCGACAAAUUGGUGCAAUUGGAUUCGGUUGUGUGUCAUUACUCGUGUUUGAUUUGUGUGAGAGGUAUGAUUAUCUGGUUUAAUUAUAUUUUUAAACUCGAGUUUUGCUCUUUCUUUUCAUUUACGUCGGCCCAAAGUGGUGAUCACCUCAGUGUACGUAAAAAUUUAUCGUUAACCCUUUAACUCCCAGAUUAAAUUUGAGAUUCUUCUUACUGUCAACUAUUCAAUUCUUAUAAUGUUAGCUCAGAGAAUUUAGUAUUGGGUCAACUGAUUAUCCUCAAAUUGAUAUUUUUAUCACUUCAUCACUUGUCUGGUUGAUAUUGUAUAUAUAUUGUAAGGAGAAAUUCUGUCUUGGUCACCCGUGGGAGUUAAAGGGUUAAAUGCAUAAAACUGUAAAGGUAUUUUAAAUCAAGGACGGGACAUUUCAAUCAUAUCCGAAGACCCCCGAAGAUUUUGCAAGACGUUUAAAAACAAACUCGUCCCAGUACUCUCUCCUCUAAAUCAGAGAUUCUGGAAAGUGCUACUACAUUUUCAGAGGUAUCACAUACGGGUCUCAUAUUUUUUCUCACCUUUAUGCCUUAUUUUUGUUGUAUUUUAGAGGAUAUCAGCUGCAUAAUCCAUUUUACACGAUUUGGGCAACCAAACUGGGACGAAACAUGGCUGUAUCCUUCUAUGAAACAUGAAAAUUGUCUUAUUCCUUGUGUAUGUUUUUGUGCCAAAAAAAAAGCAACAGUAUAAUUCUCUCCCUUAAGUCGCAUUUUUUUUUUUUGUUUUUUUUGGUUCUAGUAGAUUUUAAAGCGUUUUUCUGUUUUGGUGAAAUUUCAACACUUUAAAGAUUUCCUAAAACAUGCUUGCCAAAUAGUUUUUUAGAUAGUCAUAGGCCUUUUUUUUAUCUAUGAGUUUCAGUGUUUUUAAAAUUUUCUAUCAUGUACCGGUUUUGCUUAACUCUAUUCAGUACGCCUUUAUUAUUUUUGCGGCUGUUUGUGCCUGCAUUUACUUCUUGUUCCUCUGUUAUAUGGUGUUCAAAGUUUUCUGGAACAUUCGAGGGAAAAGAGCUGCUAUUCCGACAUUGUCACGCGCUAGGCAGCUGCAGUAUCAGGUAUGACAAGACAAACGACAGUCUCCGAGAGUUGAGGACCGUCUACGAGAAUUAACGACAGUUUUCGGGAAUUGACGGGAGUUGUAGGCCAUUGAGGAGAGUUAACGAUAGUUGAGGAGAGUUAACGAUAGUUGAGGAGAGUUAACGAUAGUUGACGAAAGUUAACAACAGUCGAUGGGAGCGGUCGGCAAAGUUCACGACAAUUGAGGAGAGUCGUUUAGAGUUAACGAGAGUGGUCGGCAAAUGUCGACAAUUGAGGAAAGUCGUCGACAGUAGACAACAGUUGUCGAUGGUAGACAACAGAUAACGAACAUUUUUGACGAUGGAUGAAAGUUGAAGGAAGUUGUCGACAGUUGUCAAUAGCCGUGGAUAGUUGUCGAGAGUUGAGGUCCAAGUAUAAGCAAUCACCUACAGAAGCUACCCCCAUUCGUUGAUUCUGUAAUUUUUUACCAGUGUCAUUCUGCGAGUAAGAAGCUCUGUAGAUUGUACUGAAUGUUGUGCUUUAUUUGUAGGGGUUGAUCUACCGUUUUGAGUUCCUGAUGGUUGUGACUGUCCUGUGCGCUGGUUUCACUGUGGUUUUCUUCAUAAUUAGCAACGUAAACGAGGCUCAGUGGAAAUUUGGAGAAGAGGAGUCCACUGUUGAACUUUCAAGUAAGUGCCAAAUUUACUUGAAGGGAAACAUGUUGAAGCUGAGUAUUUGAGCUUAAGGCAAAGAGAAAUCUGAGUUUUCCGUGAUGCUAUUAAUCAAGUGUCAAGCAAUCCAAUCACUUAGUAGGCAUUACAAAAUUUGUUUGUGACAAUUUCGUAAAAUUCAUUGGGAAUCUUUUCCUUGUCCCACCCUUGGAAAUGUUCACACAUUUUCUAAGUAAGAAAACAACAGAAAAUCAGGGAUCCGUGCAGUUCCUCCUACUUGUUGUUGACUGGUUGCGCCCAGCCAGGCUGGAAAUAUAUUCUUGUUUGGCAAUCAGUCUCAGUGAUUUAAUAACUGAGCGAUUUGAAUUUUGUAAAUCCGAAGCCUUUGUUUCCCUCGGUUUGUUUUCGUUUGUUGUCGCGUCCGUCGGUCUAAGAGUAAUUCGUCUGUUCCUUUCUUCUUUCGUGGGUGGCGCGGUCGCUCAUUCUCGUUCGUUGUUUGGUCCCUUCAUCAAGCGAUAUCGGUAGCUCUUCCGUUCCUUUGUUCGCGGCUUGGUCGGUCGGUCGGUCGUUCGUUCGUUCGUUCGUUCGUUCGUGCCUUUGUUCCGUCGUUCUUUCAUGCGUUCGUACUCGUUGAUCUGUUCAUUCUUGAAGUACCCUUGUUAAACAUUUUUCUUCUCUCACAGGUGCGCUGUUCACUGGAAUUUAUGGGAUGUGGAAUACGUACGUAUUUGCAGUAGUCUUCCUGUAUGCACCAUCACAUGGAACCCUGGCCACAGGUAAAUAACCUUAUCACAGAUUUAUAUCGUACACAUUUUUAAAUCUUUAUUAUUUUAAGGCCUAUUUACACGGUACGACUUUGUCGCAUGCGACAAGCUUACGACAGGCCUACGACAUGACUUAGGACAAUUUACACGCGCACGACAUUUUCACCUACGACAUGCCAAAUCGCGUGCAAUUCCACUCGUUUCGGCCGCGGUCAUUGUUUCAAUAAUUUGCAAGAGAAGGAAAAGAACCUCUUCCUCGCUCCACAGUGAUAUCAUAUUCUCUGUUUCCUCAUCUGAGAAUGUAUUUCUCGCUUUGGAAGCAGUCUUAGACUUUCCGGAGGCGACUUCCUCCGCCAUUUUGACGCAAGAAAAUUUCACCUUCCUCCCCUACUCAGUAGAAAUUUGUCACAAAUACGUCAUUUUCUAUCAAUUUCGGCUACGAUUGUCGCAGCGUUUUAAAACAUGUUUUAAAAUCCUACGACAUUUUUCGUGACGUGCACGACAGUCGUAAGCGAGUGGUAGGUUUGAUUUACACGAUACAAUUCGUGUCGUAGGCCUGUCGUAAGCUUGUCGCAUGCGACAAAGUCGUACUGUGUAAAUAGGCCUUUAGUUAUCUAAUAAUUUCUUCCAUCGGUAACCUUCGUAUCGUAAGUGGUAAUUUAGUCCGUUAUUUGGUACGGGGAUUAUUCGUUUUCGGGUUGUCUCGUUUCUAAGGUUAGGGUUUUCGGGACAAGCGACUCGAAUCACUUUUCUUCAGAAACAGCUCGGAAAUUUUCCGAGACUACUUUCCCUUGCUAACUUGAACUUAGUCUUCCUCUGGCGACCGCCUCGGGUCUCGAAAACUGCUCGGGAACUUUUUAGAAACGGUAUCGCAGACUAGCUUAGUCCCUACCAUCCUAUGCCACCCCUUUUGGACAAUGUUUUGGAUCAAGUUGCCUUCGGAACACAUAGGGCAACUGUUUAAAAAUGGUAAGCUGUGGUUGCUUUGUGGUUGCUUUUGUUCCAGUCCUUCUGAGCUAUCGCGAAUUUCGUAAAGAUAUGUAAUUAGGAAUUAUCUCUGUUGCAGAUAAUGCAGAAGAUGAACAGGAGAGGUUAGAGUUAAGAAGUCGCACCGAGGUUCGAUUGACGGAAGGCGAGACAGCAGAAGAAUCUGUUAUCUACAAAUUCACUGGCAAAACUGCUCAAGAAUAACUGAACUGAAGUAAAAUGAAACGACAGAAACCUAAGCUUUUUCCGUCUUCCUGCAAGGACUCUAGCAUGGCUGCGCGACCAUUAACACGAAU